GCACCAGUCGGCGAUAAAGUGUUAUCGGUUGUACAGUUACGAAUUGCAACGCAAAUAGUUUCGCAUCCGCGAAAAUCCUGAAGCAACUAAAAAAAUGACCCCGGUGAAACUAUUUAGUGUGCUGCUAAUCUGCGCCACUUUUAUCUUCGUCUGUGAAGCGCAGCUGACCUUUACCACGGGAUGGGGCAAGCGAUCUACGGCUCAACCGGGAUUGGACUUAUCGAAUUUGUUCGGUGCUCAGGACGGAUGUAAAUCUCCCGUCGAUUCGUUGAUGGUUAUCUAUAGGAUGAUUCAGAGCGAGGCCCAGAAAAUCCUGGAAUGUAACCAGAAGUGAAAGAAGAACAGGUUACUAUCAUCAAAGCACAAUAGGAAAUCAAGCUUAGUACGAACCAGAAGAGAAUGUUUUUGAUGUACAACUUAAAUUGAGGUAUCCAUUUUGUAAAUAAAACUGUUCAUGCACACGUUAGUGUAAAUUAGAAAUA